GGAAACUGGACUGUCAAUGUCAAAGGAUCCUGGAUCAGCUGUUAGCUGUCGAUCCUCAGCACAACAUCCACUGAUAACGGAUCGGUAACGCGACCACCGGGACAAAGACGCGCCUCCUAUGAAGAUUGAAGUCAGAGGCUCAGCAGCUUCUCACCGUUUCCAGGCAGCAUGAACUCCCUCCCAGGAAGAGCCGCUCUGUCCCUGUGCAGGCGCACGGCUGCAGCGGGCGGGAUGAGGGUCUUCGCCGGCUCUCCGGGUCACCCAGCCGGGGUAAUGCCGGCCUCUCUGCAGGCUGUGCGGGUCUGCCACUCCGGGACGAACCGCAAGGCCAGUGUGAGCACCAAGAAGAGGGGCUACGACAUCACCAGAAACCCCCAUCUCAAUAAGGGAAUGGCAUUCACUUUGGAAGAGCGCUUACAGCUGGGCAUCCACGGCCUGCUGCCGCCCUGCUUCCUGUCCCAGGAUGUGCAGGUGCUGCGUGUCAUGAAGAGCUAUGAGACACGCGUCAAUCCUCUGGACAAGUACAUCCUGCUGAUGACGCUGCAGGACAGGAACGAGAAGUUGUUUUACCGCUUGCUCACCUCUGACAUCGAGGAGUUCAUGCCCAUCGUGUACACCCCCACUGUCGGCCUGGCCUGUCAACAGUACGGACUCGCCUUCAGGAGACCACGAGGACUCUUCAUCACCAUCCAUGAUCGAGGCCACAUUGCCACCAUGCUCAACUCCUGGCCUGAAGAAGACAUAAAGGCCAUUGUGGUGACAGACGGGGAGCGUAUCCUCGGCCUGGGCGACCUGGGGAGCUACGGUAUGGGCAUUCCUGUUGGGAAGCUGGCGCUCUACACAGCCUGCGGCGGUGUUCGGCCGCAGCAGUGUCUCCCUGUGCUGCUGGACGUCGGCACUGACAACCAGACGCUGCUCGAUGACCCCCUGUACAUAGGGUUGAAGCACAAGAGAAUCAGAGGAAAGGAGUACGAUGAGCUGGUCGACGAGUUCAUGCAGGCCGUGACAGACAAGUACGGGAUGAACUGUCUGAUACAGUUUGAGGAUUUCGCCAACAGCAACGCCUUUCGCAUCCUCAACAAAUACAGGAAUCGAUAUUGCACCUUCAAUGACGACAUCCAGGGCACGGCCUCAGUAGCUGUUGCAGGGAUCUUAGCUGCUCUGAAGAUCACUAAGAACAAACUCUUAGACCACACCGUUGUUUUCCAGGGAGCAGGCGAGGCUGCUCUGGGAAUCGCUCACCUGCUCAUGAUGGCGAUGGCCAAAGAAGGAGUAAGCAGAGAAGAAGCUGCCAAGAGGAUCUGGAUGGUGGACUCCAAAGGUCUCAUUGUGAAGGGACGAGGUCAUCUUAACCACGAGAAGGAGGAGUUCGCUCAUGAUCACCCGCACAUUAAGACGCUGGAGGAGGUGGUGCAAACCAUCAAACCCACCGCCAUCGUAGGAGUGGCAGCCAUCCCAGGAGCAUUCACUGAGAAGAUUAUCAAAGACAUGGCGGCCUUCAACGAGAGGCCAAUCAUCUUCGCUCUGAGUAAUCCCACCAGCAAGGCGGAGUGCACAGCGGAGCAGUGCUACAAGCUCACAGAGGGCCGGGGCAUCUUCGCCAGUGGAAGUCCGUUCAACAAGGUGACGCUGGCUGAUGGACGCACCUUCUUCCCCGGCCAGGGAAACAACGCCUACGUCUUCCCUGGAGUGGCUUUGGGUGUUAUUGCUUGUGGAGUGCGCCACAUAACUGACGACAUCUUCCUCACCACAGCAGAGGCGAUAGCGGACAUGGUAACAGAGGAGCAUCUGGCUGAGGGACGACUCUAUCCUCCUCUCAACUCCAUAAGAGAGGUGUCCUUCAAGAUCGCAGUGAAGAUUGUCAACUAUGCAUACAAACACAACAUGGCUUCGCUGUAUCCGGAGCCUAAAGACAAGGAGGCGUUUGUGCUGUCUCACAUCUACAGUCCAGAUUACGACUCCUUCACUCUGGACACAUACAGCUGGCCACAGGAGGCCAUGAACGUCCAGGACGUGUGAUGUCUCUCUCUCAAUAUGCUGCUGUGGUGUCGCGUGUCCACGUUCAGAAACGUUGCCAAUGAUUCUCGCCUUUUAGCUUUUUUGUUUCUUUCUUUCUUUUAUGUUAUAAAUGUCAGUAAGUCUCUGUCCCCCAUUACUGAUGAAAAGGCACUGUUAUUCUCUACGACCUCUUAAGUGUUGAAUUGUCAAGUUGUCUACUCUUUAAAGUGCUGUACUUUUUCUUUUAUCUGCAUUUGAUUGAAGAUCUAAAUGAAUAAAAUAAUUUAUAGCCGCACAAACAAACAGCAUAUCAAAUAUAAGUGCGACCUCUAUAACUUACACUCCUUACACUUAAAUAUUCAGCUAAGAUGUUGUGGUAUUCAGCGCUUGCAGUGACUCAAAAUCUGUUUUUUGAGAGAGCUGGUGCAUAAAAUAAGAAAACAGUGGCUCACAGUAACGCACAAUGCUUCUUCUUGUCUUGACGCAAAGAAAAGGAGGACUCAUUCUGAAGCUUGAAAAAAAGAUGGAAUAGGAAACUCUUAGUGCCUCUUUCUGUGUGACCUCAGGACAUCACUGCUCCACAUUAUGAGUUAAAAUCUUUGUCGAGGACACAUCUGGCUCAUAACUGUAGUUGCUUCUUCAUAUUUUACACUCCUGUCUAUCUACGCACGCUCGACUAAAAACACUCUCUGCCUCCCUGUGAGAAUUGGUUAUUUCUGAUGAAGGGACUUCUGUCUUUUUGAAUGUGAUCAGAGGAGGUAUUGUUGGGAUUUAGAGGUUUUUUAUUGCAUACAAUGGUGUUUUUCCUUUAGUUUUGUACAGAGCUCUCUGCCUGUUGUGGUGUUUUUGCCAAAGUUACUGAUUAACUGUAUCUUAUCUUUUACUCCUAGAAAACAUGAUGCUCUGCAAGCUUUAGUACUGACAGAAAUGCCUGAAGUUUUUAAAGGGAACAUGAAACUUUUUGAAUAAAAUUGUCAACAAAAAUGA